UAUCUUCACCACGUAUGUAGUCCUAGUGAUAAGGUAUCAGCAACCUCGUUUCUGAUAGAACCUCGACCUUCUUAUCGACCCUUUGGCUUGGUCGAGGUCACGACACCUAUCACCACUCUUUAUGCGUCCCCGUUUACAGGCAUAUAUGAAAUGUGGGUGUGAUUGUACACAUAUAUACAAAGACGGAUCGGGAAGUCCAUGAUUUCAAACGUUUUCAAAACCUAUAUACACUAGCAAAGUGACGCUUAGAAUUCCCGGGUCGUACACUUGCAACCAGACAAAAAUAGACUGAGUCACGUGGUUCCAUGGUUACCUGGGAAAUCCUGAAGGCUUUCAUCACUGUCCUGUAGCGGAGUAUUGCUGAGUGUGGCGUUAAACAACGAACAAAUACACAGUGAUACCUAUCUCAACCAUCUUAAAGGAUCAUCAGCACCUUGCUUGGUUGAGUGGAACUUAGAACAAGGUCGGAAUGGCAAAAUAUGCAACAAGAGAAACCUUUGCUAAACACAAAGAUAUUUUCCUGUGUUGCAGAACUGGCAACUUAGGAAACCUAAAAAAGUUGGUGAAUAAGGAUGGCGUGAAUUUAAACAUCACAGAUGAAUGGGGCAACCCACCGUUGUAUCUGGCGUGUUUGUGUGGACAUAUUCAUGUUGUGGAAUAUUUACUCCAGCAAGGGGCCCGGUAUGAUGCAUCAAGUAUAGAUGGACAGAGGUGUUUUCUAUCAUCCCUCAACCAGAGAAUACGCGAUGUCCUGCGGCAAUACGAGACCAGUCUCUCAGUCGUGCAAGACAGACACCAUGAGAAAGAAUUCUCUUAUUUCCUCGACUGCUUGUACGAAAGGGUUCCUGGUUAUGACAUCCAACUAAUUGUGGACAACCACACGUUCUUGGCUCACCGGUCCAUCCUGUCUGCUCGCUCGGCAUACUUCCUCAACGUGUUCAAAUCCUCCACCAUCACAAACGGAACACUGGAGCUUGAUGUCAGCUUCAGUGUGGCAGGACUAGUGGCAGUGCUCCAGUAUAUCUACACAGGCAAGCUAGAUGUCAGUAUUGAAGAUGUCAGCUCAGUGAGGAAGCUGUUCAUGCACCUUGACUUCAACAAGACGUCAGAUCUACUGGACAGACCUGCUCAAGCUUCAGGAGACCAAUCAGUGGUCCACGUCCAGAGGAAAGUGCUGAGCGAGGAUCUGAAGGAGGACUUUGCUAAUCUGGCUUUUUCGGCUGUACCUCCACAGUUCUAUUAUCAGAUGCCGGGGGGAAGUGGACGGCCAGUCGGUGAUGAGCUGUUUUCAGAUGUUGUCUUUGCUGUGGAAGGUCACAAAUUUCAGUGUCACAAGGUGUUUUUCUACAGUCGAAGUGAGUAUUUCCGAGUGAUGCUUAUUGAGAAAGAGGCGGACAUCGUCCCUUCCUUUGAAGGUUACAGAUCUUCCAUAACACUGGAGGGAGUGUCAGCAGAAGACUUUGUCCAGAUUGUGUCCUACAUCUACACAGACACGUGUCAGGUGACCGCGGACAACUGCAUGGACCUGCUGAGCCUCUCUGAAAGGUUUGUGUUGCCAGGUCUGAAGCAGCAACUUCUGGUUGAGGUGUCAUCCUGUUUGAAACCUCUGACAGUAACAUCGGUCUACAGGACGGCCAAGGAACUACAGAUACCAAAACUGAAGGACGAGUGUGCGAGUUUCAUGGCAGACAACAUUGAUCAGAUGUCAACAAUGCCUGAGUUCCCGGAGUUGCUGAAGCUGGAGGCGUCCUGCAACACACACAGCGAGCUGAUAGAGAACAUCCAGUACUACAUCCGCAAAGACAGCAACACGUCGCACAAACAACAACUGGCCAAUCACAAGCUGUCUUGUCUCCAGAACGCCCUCAAUGCUGCUGGCAUUCAGGAGAAUGUGCCGUUUCUGAUGGUGGAGACGGGGCAAACCACAAGGUCUGGCGCAUUCACUCACCCAGGCAGAGCCAGGAAGAAAUCUGACAGUGAUUGUGUGAUUUUGUGAAGAUUUAGACAGAUAUGAAUGUUUCACUGAAUGCUCAGUGUUUUUGUUCAACCUUGGUGUGCCUCACAACUGGCGUUGUAUGACCUUUGUGGAUGUUCAAGGUUCGAACUACUUCAUUUUGUGUGUUCUAGGCAGGGACUGGUCCAUUUUACCUGUUCAAAAUUUGAACUGGGCCCUUUUGCCAGUUCAGAAUUUCAACUUGGCCAAUUUACCUUUCAGAAUUUAUGAGUGGAUAAAUUUUAUAUUCAUUGGCUUACAUAACAUGCAAAAUGAUGACAUGACUAUACGAAGUGUGAUAUAACAUGUAUUUAACAUAACAUCUUGAAAUUACUUAUUGACAUUGCUUAAUACAGCCAUGUCUGUUUAGCUAAUAAUAUUAAUUUGACAUAUAUCAUUUUACCUCGGCACACCUCACUAGUGAACUGCUACACUUUCAGCGUACAUAUCAAUAUAUAUGUGGUUGUGCUUCUUAAGGUUACCAGUGUUGGUCCGCUUUUCGCCAGUUUAACUUUCCACUUAAUCACUGAAAUAUGGAAAGUUUGAAAGCUAAAAAUCAGUCUUGUAUUAGAUUUUAAAACUCUGAUUUUAGAAGAGAGAAAGAACAGAAAAUGGUAGUUUGCUAUAUAUGUGUUUUUUAUGCCUUGAUCUGGAAGUCUGAAUUUCAGACCCAUUUUCAAUGCAAUCAUAAAUCUGAUUUUGUUAAUUUUUCUUUUUUGACUCUCUUUCAUAUUUGUGGUUUCAUGUGGAAACUCAUCUUCCUGAGGCAAGGGAGUUUACUGACUGUAAAAGUCAAGUUUCCACCCUUGCCGAACUAGGUUGGAAUUUCUGGGCAUGAUUGUACUGCCACCAGUGACUAUUAGGAGUUAUGUCCC